CCAACACUAAAUACACCUCCCACCAAUAGUCGUGUCUCUGCACAUGCACUGAAGAAAAUUGGCUUGCGUCGUCAAUAUCAGUAUUCCCCUUUGAGAUUGCUGCCUUACUGCUUGAUUCUUUGCGCAAACAGGCUGAUAUCGCGAAACCAUCGCGCAGUCACGCUCGCGCUGCCGCCGACCGCCCGCUUUCUGUAUAUGUAGCGCUCGUCUGUCUUCUCCUUGUCUCUAGUGACACAUAUCGUUAUGGAACUGCCCGAUGAACUUUACCUCGAGAUCUUCUCACAUUUGCCCCAGCACCACCUGCGUUCAGUAUCUCAAACAUGUCGCGCUUUUGCGACCAUUGUGAAGCCGCUGGUGUUCGCGACAAUCCAUCUAGAUGGCUCUCCCCAGAGCAGAUUCGGCAGGAUGGAGAAUGACGAGUGUGUCAUGUACCCGGGUCGUUCACGGACGGUGGAGUUGGUUUCUUUGGAAAGUACCGUGGAUGAGCUGAUCGCGCACGACAUUGCGCGUCAUGUUCGGAACCUCAAGUUUAGUCCUAAGUACUACGUAGAUGGGUUCUGGUCGAGGUAUCGCCAUUGGCUAGAGCGGGAGCAUGAUUACGAGGAAGACUUCCACAAUAUGUAUGAGGAAGAAGACUUCGAGACAGAUUCUGAAGGCGAGUAUGUCGGUAUGCGUCGUCUCGCAGCGGAACGACUAGCAAGACCUGGUAAAGAGCGCGAGUUGAUCGAGCAGGCGGAAGCGAUCUGGGCCGCGAAGGUGGAGGAGCAGCGCGGAAAGGCAGACGCGAUUCUAGCAGCAAUGGUCAAGCUCUUCGCACAUAUGCCGUGCCUGAAAGCUAUUGAAGUCCAAGAGCGGCAUUGUAACUUGGAUGACUAUGGAUUUGAAGAGGGCGGCGACGAUGAAGUGAACGAGCAAUUCUCUGGAUGUAGCACCACCUGGAAACACCUCGAACUCCUGAGCUCCGCUGUCCAAGAGUCGAAAAGUCGCAUCCAGAGUCUGGUUCUCCCCAAGAUUCAUCUGUCUUCAAUCACAACAAGUGCCGCCUUGGAACACAUGUUCAGCUCUCUCACUGCACUUUCUUUCAAUGCCGAGAGUGUAGAAGUUAUGCUCGACUCUUCCAACAACGAAGCCGAAUCCCUCGCUGCCUUGAUCCGUUGUUCAUCAGAAACGCUACAAACGCUCGAGUUCCGCAACAUGACUACAACACAUCCACAACUACCGGAUGUGGGUGAGCACAACAUCGCAAGGCUUUUUGGUAGCGUCAGCGCCACCGACUCAACAGACAUCAACCCGCUGGUCUUUCCGGCCUUGACAACUUUGAAGCUACGAAGUUUGGUCCUGGACACCCCAUCUUUCAUCAACUUUCUCUCCCGACAGCCGCAAUUGCGAUACGCUCAUUUUGAGUACAUCUACCUCGCUACCAUAGGUUACAAAUGGAGCGAUAUCGCCGCUAAACUGCCGUCAUCGUGCAACAAACUAUAUAUUGGUAAUUGUGGGCAUGAGAAGUGGGGGCUAGAUUCACCCGCAGCGUACAAUCACAUUAAGAAAUUCUUGCCGUUCCAAGAAGAUAUGCCAGCUACGUCAGGUUGGCGACUCAAUGAGCAGGCCUUUCACGAAGAGAUGGACAACGAGAUUCAACGACAAAUGGAUUGCGGCAUGAGGUUCUUGCCACCGGAACGCUGGUUUCAGGGCAAGACGAGAGAGGAAUGGGUGGCUAUGAUGCGACUUGCCAGUGAUCAUGCAGAGUAUGAGAAAAUUUAAGUUAUAUCUAGGCAAGGUGGCCAACUACUUCUAAUACAAGGCACUCAGCGUCUUUGUCAUGAGAUCAUUAGCAUCGAUAUGGGUGAACAAUGCAGAUGUAAUAAAUUGGCGCCAUAUCAAAAUGACGAGAUUUUGGCAAAUUCACAUCACAAUUCCGAGUGUAAGAUCUUACUACAGCAGAACUAUCGUCACAAGGAGUUUCACUACAAAGGAAAUUUACGC